AUGCCGUCCUUUUACGAAGUCAUCCGUCAAUGCAACAAGUUCGACAGGGAUGUUGGUGGCUUGUGGGAGUUUCGCCUGCUUGACAACGUGGGACCUGUCGGCUACAUGCUGCCCGAGUUUGUGGCGAGGAUGGUGUGGGAAGGCACCGGCUUCCACGUCUCCAAGUCGGAGCGCAGGGUCCACCUGGCCCUCGACGUGGGCAAUGGCGACGAUGUGGUCGACAUGUGCCGAGAAGAGUUUGUGGGCCUAUGCGAGAAGAAUGCGGGCGUUGUGGGCGGGCUGGGAAAGUGGCUUGGGAAAAAGGCGGACUUUCACCCUAUUCGCGGCCUCGACGGCCACUUGGCGGGCCUCCAGAUGCCGUCGCCGUUGAGGGGCGUCUUUGGCAUCGUAACAAGUGGGGUUCAUAUGAACGUCUACACUAUGAAGAAGGUGCAUGGGCGGCCCAAGAUGCACAUCUGGGUCUCGAGGCGAUCCGAAAACGUCACCUACGCCGGGAAGCUGGACCAAGUCGUUGCCGGGGCCAUGGACCCUGUGGACGACAUGGACCCGCUGAAGACGCUGCGGCGCGAGGCCAUGGAGGAGGCGCGGCUGGCCGUCGACAUUGCGUCGGGAAGAGUGACGGCGGAUGGCACCAUGGUGGGCACGGUUGAGCGCGGGUGUCGCAUUUCAUUUUAUGACCGCAAGGACCCGACGGCCGGCUCCGAGCAAGGCCAGCUGGAGCCGGGGAUCCGCUUCACGUUCGACCUCGAGGUCGACGCAAGCUUCACGCCGCAGCCCGGCGAGCCCGAGGCAGUCACCGACUUUGUGCUGAAGGCGGUCGAGGACGUCAAGCGGGACCUGAUGUGUGCCGAGUGGAAGCCCAACUGCGGCCUCGUCAUGCUCGAUUUCCUGCUCCGCAAGGGGCUGAUCCGGCCGGAAGACGACGAGCGCUACGGGCUGCUCAAGCAGGGGCUGCAGAGGGAGCUGCCGUUCGAGAAGAUAUAG